AUGCAGACGUGGAGGACGAAGGGCGCGUCAGGAUCAGUACUGCAAUGGAGCUCAUUUGACAAGCGAACUUGUUUUGCAAGCUCUCAACGAAAGGGAAGAAAAACGAGCACAAAACGAGGGAAGGAGAACUAA